UUCAAAGUGGAGUGUGAUCCCUUCCGACGAACGAGAGUUGUGGUUUCGUCAGUUUGCGGUAGUAACUCUUCAUUUUUUUAAAGUAUUUACAUUUUUUUAAAUAUAUUUACUUAUUAAAUUAUGUUUAUUUUGUAGUAAGAGUUCAACUGGCACUCCGAUCUCACAGAAACAGUCCGUAAGAAAUUCAACGAAAAUGCCAUGGACUCUUAUACGAAGCAGAUGAACGCGUGGAAGACAGUUUGGCAGAAGAACAAGACGCCACGGUUCAUCAACGGGACGAUGUGGGAGCAGUUGAUAGCUCAUUGGGAGAAGGAAGAAACUGCAGAGACGUCUUCUAGGAACUCCAAGAACCGGAAGGGCGAUCGUGGCGGGAAAGGUAUGUAUGUGCACAAUCUCGGCGCUUGCUCUAUGUCUACUAAGGAGGAUGAACUUAUCGAAGCAAAUGACGGCAAUCCCGUUGAUCGUCUCCAACUCAUUAAGGUGGCUCACACUAACAAGACGACAAGUCAAAUUCAGGACCCCGUGAUCAAAGGUGUCGUUGAUUUUGUGGAAGCUGAAAUAGCAUCUCAAUCUCAGCAUCUCUCUGAUGACGGCGAUUCUACGGGAGCUUCAACCAACUUGUCCCUAUUGCAAAUAAAUGAAAUGGUUGAAAAGCCCUACUUGGAAGCUCACAUAAAGAUUGUCAGAGACCGUUUGUUCUCUUAUUCUUAA